UUCUUUUCUGCUCCUCAGUAAUUGGCCGCUGGAGAACAUUUUCCUCCGCAAAGAAGGUGUCCAGGGAUGGAGUCGAUGCCCGGUCAGCUUGCAGCGGGACGAGACAGCAGCUCUUCCCCGGUUCUGAAAGCGGACGCGGCGCAGAACUUUCCGGGUCACAGCGGCUCCUUGAAACCGAACCAAGUGAGCGAGACGUCCCUGUACGGGGUCCCGAUCGUGUCCCUGGUCAUCGACGGCAAGGAGAGGCUGUGCCUGGCGCAGAUCUCCAGCACGCUGCUGAAAAACUACAGCUACAACGAGAUCCACAACCGGCGCGUGGCGCUGGGCAUCACGUGCGUGCAGUGCACGCCGGUGCAGCUGGAGCUCCUGCGGCGCGCCGGCGCCAUGCCCAUCUCCUCCCGGCGCUGCGGCAUGAUCACCAAGCGCGAGGCCGAGCGGCUCUGCAAGUCGUUCCUGGGCGCGCACUCGCCCCCGAAACUCCCAGAAAACUUCGCCUUCGACGUGUCCCACGAGUGCGCGUGGGGCUGCAGGGGCAGCUUCAUUCCCGCCAGGUACAACAGCUCGCGCGCAAAGUGCAUCAAGUGCACGUUCUGCAGCAUGUACUUCUCCCCCAACAAGUUCAUCUUCCACUCGCACCGGACGCCUGAGUCCAAGUACCUGCAGCCGGACGCGGCCAACUUCAACUCGUGGCGGCGCCACCUGAAGCUGACGGAGCGGAAGCCGUCCGACGACAUCAACCACGCGUGGGAGGACGUCAAAGCCAUGUUCAACGGCGGCAGCAGGAAACGGACCCUGCCCAUCUCCGGCUCCGGGGUGUCCUCCGCCUCCUCCUUCAAGUCCCAGAGGUCCUCCGGCCUUACACCCGCCGCCUCUCCGGAGAUCCCCCACAAGGCUUUGCGCUGCGACGAGGAGCACGGCAGCAGCAACGUGAGUUUGGCGGGAGGCGCGCGGGGCUUUCCGGUGAUCCCGGUACCCAGUAAGAGUUUCAGCAUGCUGCAGAAGAUCCCCCCGCCCCUGUUCCCCGCCCACCCCUACGGCUUCUCCGGGUACGGCCUGUGUCCGAAGAAGGCCGACGGCGUGGAAAUGAACAAAUCCAACGUUCCCGUGUUCUGGCCCGGCACCAAGGACGCACUGUACCCGGCCUUCCCGGUGUUCUGGCCCGCCGCGGGCGGCCUCCCCCUGCCGCCCUACCCGGGCUCCACCCCCAAACCCCCCGCCGAGCUGCCGGCGGUCCGGCAGAGUGAGCUGGAUUUACCGGACCAAAGUGACCGGAUCUCAAACACGCCCAAAGACAGCAGCAGCCAUCAUCAUCAUCAUCAUCAUCAUCAGGAGCAGGAAGCGGAGCGCUGCCCCGGGUCCCGGUCCGCCAGUAGGACCGACGACGACCGGUCCGGGGACGAGGGACCUCAGAGGAGGAGCAGCUACGUGUCGGCCUUCAGGCCGGUGGUCAAAGACGCGGAGACCAUCGCCAAACUCUACGGGAACCGUGAGUGCUACGGCGCGCGCACGGGGUACCUGUCCCCGGACUUCGUGUGCAGCGAAAGCUCCAGUUACAGGUCCGCGUCUCCGGACCGGGACAGCGUGGAGGACGACGACGACCCCGACGUGGACGUGGAGUCGAACCGGGGCCCCGAAGAGGACGACCUGAUCCGGAUUGUGGCGGGAGGGGAUCAGCCCUGCUCCCCGGUCACGGACCGGAUCUCACCUGGAGCCGAGGAGUUCCAGGAGCAGCCGGGCAGCCCGACAGAGGAGGACCCGGCGCAGACCGGCUCCUCGGACGAGGACAGACAGGUUCGAGGGUCCCCCGUUCACGAGGUGUCAGAGGAAAACGAUGCUGUUUCCAACGAGUUUUCAUUGUUUGGACCGAAACAAUCCAGCAGAUCAAACGAUGAGUCUGAAGCGCAGAGUCCCGUGUUCUGUCCCGAGUCAAAACACAGACAAGCUGACGGAUCUUUACGUAUUGACAUCAGCGUGCGUCAGAGAGAUCUGGACAACAUGGCUAAAGAAGAGUUGCAGAAGCAGCUUGUGGAACAAGUGGAGCUCAGGAAGAAACUGGAGAGGGAGUUUCAACACCUGAAAGAUAAUUUUCAGGAUCAAAUGAAGCGUGAGCUGUCCUACCGGGAGGAAAUGGUCCAGCAGCUGCAGAUUGUCCGAGACACAUUGUGCGGCGAGUUGGAUCAGGAGAGAAAGACUCGUUAUGCAAUACAACACAAGCUGAAAGAAGCUCACGACGCACUGCACCAUUUCUCCUGCAAGAUGCUGACGCCUCGACAGUGCACCGGAGCCUGCACCUUCAAACCGCCGCUGCUGCCACCGUAGGACUGAGACCAGCCUCCGCCUGACCUCGGGGCGGCCUCCGCCUGACCUCAGCACAGCCAAAAACACACAGGUCCGCCUCCAGCGCUCUCACAUGUCCCCAGCUGUGAGAUGAGGACGGCCCGCUGUACAGACCCUCUGACCGUUGAAGCACUCGAGACUGGACGGGGCGGCCGUGACCCCGCCUGAACUCUUCAGAGAUCAGAAUGUACCCGAGUCCUUUUUUGGUUCUGAAUCAAAGGCUCCCGUGCACAUCAGAAAAAUGCUGAAACCAAGGAGAAGCUCUGCAAAGAAAAAACACUAUAUACAUAUUUAUAUCUCUAAUAUCAUGUGAUGAUGUGCAAUGGCUCGUAUAAUUGUGAGAGUUAACGAUGUCAUGAGUUGACUUUGGUUGCUUGUUUGAAUAUACUGAGUUUU